AUCCACGUUGUUUAAUGGACAACUGCCUGCGUUUAUGUAUUUUUCCACGUGCUAGAUAAUGCAAUCUCGUAAAAAUUGAUGAUUAAGUAUACUUGUUAUAUAUACAUGCACAUAAAUUGUUGAUAUAAUAACAACGAUACUUUUAAUUAACCAUGUUGUGUAACAUAACCAAAACUUUGACUGGCACUGUACUGCCGCUGCUAUUUAAUAGAAAACCUACAAGUUUACAUCGUAUAACUGUGUGUCAUUUUCGAACAAAUGAAUUGAAAAGACGUCUAAAGACAGAACAGAAAUUGAAAGAGAAAGCAGAGAAAGAAGCAAAGGCAGUUACUCCAGCAACAACGAAAGGUGAAGCCAAAUCUAAGGGAAAAAAUGAUAUUAAAGAAGAGGAGAUCAGUCCAAAUGAAUAUAUUAAACUCAGGACACAAGCAGUCAACCACCUUAAAAAUACAGACAACAACCCCUACCCACAUAAGUUUCAUGUAUCCAUAUCGUUAGAAAAUUUCAUUGAAAAAUUUAGCAACAUCUUGACAGAUGGUCAAGUAUUAGAGAAUGAAGUACAUAGUAUUGCUGGCCGUGUAUAUGCUAUUAGGGAAUCUGGUGCUAAACUUAUUUUUUAUGACCUAAGAGGAGAAGGUCUUAAAAUUCAAGUCAUGGCUAACGCGAGAAAUUACGCGAAUGAAGAAAAAUUUGUUGCUGAUAUUUCUAAAAUCAGAAGAGGCGACAUUAUCGGUGUUAUCGGAAAUCCUGGGAAAACUAAAAAGGGUGAAUUUUCUAUAAUGCCACAUAGUAUUACCCUUUUAAGUCCCUGCUUACACAUGUUACCUAAUCUUUACUUUGGAUUAAAAGACAAGGAGACAAGGUUUCGACAACGUUAUUUGGACUUUAUAUUAAACGAUAGAGUAAGAAAAACGUUCCAUGUACGAGCGAAAGUGAUCGCGUAUAUUCGUAAGUUUCUCGAUGAACUUGGCUUUUUGGAAGUUGAAACACCAAUGAUGAAUAUGAUUGCUGGUGGUGCCACAGCUAAACCUUUUGUUACACAUCACAAUGAAUUAAAUAUGGAUUUAUAUAUGCGCAUUGCUCCAGAACUGUAUCUUAAAAUGCUGGUUGUCGGAGGAUUAGAUAGAGUAUAUGAAAUUGGAAGACAAUUCAGGAAUGAAGGAAUAGAUAUGACUCACAAUCCAGAGUUUACCACUUGUGAAUUUUAUAUGGCCUAUGCAGAUUAUAAUGAUUUAAUGACAAUCACAGAGCAGAUGGUAUCCGAGAUGGUGAAGACCAUACAUGGUAGUUACAAAAUUAUGUAUCAUCCAGAUGGUCCAGAAGGAGAAGCGGUAGAAAUUGAUUUCACUCCACCUUUUAAACGCGUUUCCAUGAUGAAGACUCUAGAAGAAGUAUUAAAAGUCAAGUUACCGCCAGCUAACGAAUUGAAUACACCAGAAUCAAAUAAGAUAUUUAACGAAAUUUGUAUCAAACAUGAAAUUGAGUGUCCUUUGCCGAGAACAACAGCAAGGUUGCUAGAUAAACUCGUUGGUGAAUUUAUAGAAGAAACUUGUAUCAACCCUACAUUCAUCUUGGAUCAUCCGCAAAUUAUGUCUCCGCUAGCAAAAUGGCAUCGUUCUGAAAAGGGUCUUACAGAACGAUUCGAGUUAUUUAUUAUGAAGAAAGAGGUCUGCAAUGCGUACACAGAGUUGAAUGAUCCUAUGGUACAAAGAGAAAGAUUUGAGGACCAAGCCAAAGACAAAGCAGCUGGUGAUGAUGAAGCGCAAUUAGUCGAUGAGAACUUUUGUACCGCGUUGGAAUAUGGUUUACCACCAACUGCUGGUUGGGGAAUGGGUAUCGAUCGAGUUACUAUGUUCCUCACAGAUUCUAAUAACAUUAAGGAAGUGUUACUGUUUCCACAAAUGAAACCAGACGAUCCAAAUAAAAACAAAGUAUCUGACAAUGAUAAAACAGUGGAUGACACCAGUGCAAGUAAUGUGGAUAAAUGAAACAAACUCUUAUACUGUGACUCAUACUGAAUAUAAAUAAAUUGUACUUCCACAAACUAAUAGUCACUUCAAUAUUUUAUCAUUUUUUAUUUUAUAUUUUGUACAUAUUACUUACCAUUAAAAUAGUAUAAAUCUAUUAAAAACA